GAAGGGGAGGGAUUAAAGUCUUUGAACGGCAGAGCGAAAUCUCCUCUCUGAUCUCUGCACAGGGCCCUGCUGCUGUUCGCCGGGAUAUCCCUACUACUGCACGCUUUGCCGAAGAGCCCGACGGGAGUCCAUGGUGCCCACAUUUCUCUCAGAGCGCGGAGUCAGGGAUGCAGCGUCGCCAUGGGUCUCAUGGAGUUUUACCUGGAGAUUGAUCCAGUCACUCUAAACCUCAUCAUCCUCAUCGCCAGCUACGUCAUCCUGCUUCUGGUCUUUCUUAUUUCUUGCAUUCUGUACGACUGCCGCGGCAAAGACCCUUCCAAGGAGUACGUUUCCGAGCCCCCGGCCCCUCAGCAGCAGUCUCCCAUCCGGCUUGUGGUGAUGCAAAACUCUCCGGCCUCGUCGCGUUAUAACGAACAGAACAACACAGCUGCCUCCAACUUCGCGCCUCUGACCCCUGACAUGCGUGAGAAGAGGAGCACGCUGGUCUGACACAUCCACAGUCUGCUGAUGAUUGACUUUCUCUUGUUUUUCCCUUUUGGACACGUUCAGUCUUCUAGAAGUUAAUAAAUGUUACAAUUUGAACCUAAUUUGAGCUGAAACAGAAUUCAGAGAAAAAAGCCAGAAUUCCGAGAUGAAAAUUCAGAAUUCUGAGGAAAAAAGACAAUUCCGAGAACAAACAUCAAAAUUCUGAGAGCAUCCAUCUGCAUUCAUUAGUUUAUUGUGGACAAUUUCAUCAUGGAAAUGGAGUUAUUUUAUCCUCUGGACACUGGAUAGAAGCCAGUGGAAGACACAUGUGCAUGCCUGAACAGAGCAAAUGUCUGGGCACGUGUACAGUCAUAAUGUUAGCUGCUGUAGAAAUGACGUGAUUAUGCAGGUUUGUCAAAAGCAUGAAUGCUGCCCAUGUAGUGUACGACGCUAAGUACAUCACUUGUACAUUUUGAAUGUGUUCAUUGUGAAGUUUGAAUGUGUGUGUUUGUAAAAUGUGUAAACAUAUAGGUAUAUUAUAAAGAAUACAUUUAGAAUAAUGUAAUAUUGUCUCAUAGUUAAACAAUAUAUAGAAAAUUCUAAUUCAGUCAACGUUGAGGAAACCACUUGGCUAAAUGCAAUUGUUAUCAGAUGUAAAACAUCUAUAUUUAUGCAUUGCAUUUUUGCUUUUUUCCAAAGCAACUUACUUUGCAUUCUAUGUAUAUAUUUUGAUAGUAGGCUUUAUGUGUUCCCCAGGAAUCAAACUUAUGACAUUGAUGUCACUAGCGCUAUGCCGUUGAGCAGUCAAGCUACAUCAUCUAAAAUGCAAUCUAUUUAUGAAGUACAAUGAUAGAUGUUUUUUUGUGUUAAAUAUAUUACGAUUUUUUCAGCAAAUAGAUUUUGUUUGACAAUCAAGUGGUAAAAAAGUAAUGAGAUUUGAUUCCUGUUCUCACUAAUAUUACAUU